AUGUUUUACGUAUCAGAUUUUCCAAACGAUACCGGUGGUCUUGCCUUUCCGAGAGCAAUUUAUCAGUCGUUUACGGGUGUUUAUCUUAUGGAAAUUAUGCUUGCGGCACUUUUCUUCCUGGCACAAAAUGAAUCCGGUUCACAAUCAGCAAUUGCCGAAGGUGUAUUAAUGUGUGUGUUGAUCAUUAUCACGAUUGGCGUUCAAUUUGUGAUGAGAUCAAGCUUCAAUCCUCUGACAUAUUAUUUGCCUGUUGAUGCAGAAGAAUUCUCACGGCUGAAUGUUCCCGCCUCUGGCAAAUUCGCAUGGGCCAAGACGACUAUCAGUGUUCUGAGUCUCCCUGAAACGACUCGUGAUACUGAAGCUGUUAACAAUAUAAGGGAUAUGGUAUUUGAGCGGUACGACAAUACAAUGGAGAACACAUACAUGCAUCCAUCAAUACGAGAUCCUAAACCAAUAAUCUGGAUAGCUCAAGAUAAUUUGGGUAUUGCAGCAAACGAGGUACAGCGAACUCAAGCUUCCGGUUUAAAUCUUGCUAUGUCGACUGAAGGAGCAUGGUUCGAUGAAAAGAACAACAUUCAAAUCGAUGGUCUGCCUCCUGAUAAUGUGGAAAUGACAGGAAAAAACCCUGUUCAAAGUCGUUUUUAG